UUUUUGUUUCUUUUCACUCUACUUUUUUUGAUCUCAAAUGACACGAUGAUAUGGCUUCAUCUUAUUAUCCUAUUGUCUGUUUUAAGACUUUGGAUGAUUCUACCUAAUCAACAACCAAGCAAAAAGAAACGAAUCAAGCCUUGUGCAACUUGUAUUGUUUUAGGAUCAGGUGGACAUACGGCCGAGAUGGAACAGCUGGUGAAGGGACUGGAUGAAAACAAAUAUCAACCAAGAAAUUAUGUAUAUUGCAACAAUGAUCCUCUUAGUCAAGUCAAGAUGCAACAAUUGGAACACGACUUGUUUCCUCAUACAGUAGCUCAGACCAAAUAUUAUGAAAUACCUCGGGCAAGAAAUGUAGGUCAAUCAUUGGUAUCCGUCCCUAUCACUUUUAUGAUGACUUUCCUAAGAUGUUUCAGUAUCUUACUGACGACGAUGCCAGAUACGAUCAUUUGCAAUGGACCUGGAAGUUGUAUACCUUUAUGUAUGCUUGCCUAUAUACCCAGAUUCUUUGGCAUCAAACAUAUUACUCUUGUUUAUGUUGAAUCUUGUGCUAGGGUUUAUGAUUUAUCUUUGACUGGAAGAUUACUUUAUGGAUGGGUGGAUCUCUUCUUUGUACAAUGGCCAGAUUUGAAGGAAAAAUAUCCAAAGGCGCAAUAUCAUGGUAUUUUGGUUUGACCCCACGUGAGACCAUGCAAUUAUAUGGAUAUGUCAUUGAAACAGUUUAUGUUCUAUAGUUUAGU